AUGAAGGCCCUUGGAUCUUUGAGAUGUGGAGUUGGUCUCAAGAACAUGCACUUGGCCAAGUUCUUCUCUUACCGCAUGGAGUCCUACAAGGAGCUCACUUGUGAGUUCUUUGGCUCAAUGAGCUUGAGAUCUGUUUGGGUUCACUAUGGAGAGGGAACCAUGGAACUCAAGGAAAAGAACUCCAAAGGGUUUGGGCUACAAUCGCUGAAGAGGUACUCUUCCUCAAGGUCCAAGGCUGCUCAGAUCAGGAGCCCAGUGCUUGAGAUAUGUGCACAAGGCUCUUGCCAACACCUUCUUUGCAAGGAAGGCACUGGGACAAUCAAUGAGGGAAGAGUUGGAUGGGAGGUUCCAAUUCAAGUUCACACAUCCAUUGGCUGGCCCUCCAAGCUUCUCCUGCCCAACCCAGAGCUCACCACAGUAGUCAGGGGUGAGAACAUUGACUUCAGACCCCCUGUGUACACAUUAGUUGGGCAUGAGGAUGAUUUGCGAGAAGAGGAGCCUGAGCUCGAUCGAGCUGAGGAUCGAGCUGAGUCUCAAGCUGAGGAUCGAGUCCAGGAGAGCGCGAUUUGGGUGAGCCUGAGUGCUACUACUUUGAGGAGUAUGAGGCUCCAAGGAUGA